CCUGUCAUCCUGUGGCAACCUAUUUACUGCGCAUGCGUACUCCCAGCCUUCCUUUUCUCCCGUGCAGCGGAGUCAAUCCUCGGUCUUUGACUCCGGGCUCCUUCGUAAGGAGGCCAAAAGACUGCCAAAAUGGGUUUUGUCAAAGUGGUGAAGAACAAGGCCUACUUCAAGAGAUAUCAGGUCAAGUUCCGCAGGAGGAGAGAGGGGAAAACGGACUACUUUGCCCGCAAGCGCCUGGUGGUCCAAGAUAAGAACAAGUACAACACACCCAAGUACCGCAUGAUCGUCCGCUUCACCAACAGGGACAUCAUCUGCCAGGUUGCCUAUGCCAAGAUUGAGGGCGACAUGAUCGUGUGCGCCGCCUACUCGCACGAGCUGCCCAAAUACGGCGUCUCCGUGGGCCUGACCAACUACGCGGCGGCCUACUGCACCGGUUUGCUGAUGGCUCGCAGACUUCUGAACAAGUUCGGUCUGGACAAAGUGUACGAAGGACAGGUAGAGGUGACCGGCGACGAGUUCAACGUGGAAAGCGUGGACGGGCAGCCGGGUGCGUUCACCUGCUACCUGGAUGCCGGGAUGGCCAGAACCACCACGGGCAACAAGGUGUUUGGAGCCCUGAAAGGCGCUGUGGACGGAGGCUUGAGCAUCCCUCACAGCACCAAGCGCUUCCCAGGGUACGACGGUGAGAGCAAAGAGUUCAACGCCGAGGUUCACCGCAAACACAUCCUGGGCAUCAACGUGUCUGAGUACAUGAGCCUCCUGCUGGAGGACGAUGAGGAAGCCUACAAGAAGCAGUUCUCCCGCUUCAUCAAGAAUGGAGUGACUCCUGAAUCGAUUGAGGAAAUGUACAAAAAGGCUCAUGCCGGCAUUCGCGAGAACCCAGUCCAUGAAAAGAAACCUCCCAGAGAGGUCAAGAAGAAGAGGUGGAACCGUGCCAAGCUGUCUCUGGCCCAGAGGAAAGACCGCGUGGCCCAGAAGAAGGCCAGCUUCCUGCGGGCUCAGCAGAAGGAGGAAGCGGAGUGAGGACUCGCUCCGCUCCUUUGCAGAAAUUUUGUUCUAAUAAAUUUAUGGAAAACA